AAAGUGAUCAAUUUAAGGCAGAGGUAGAUCACAAAGCUUCAGAAAAAGAAAAAUGCUUGGAAAUGGGGUGGUGGGGAUUUUGUCAGAGUCAGUGAACAAGUGGGAGAGAAGAGCACCUUUGACUCCAUCACACUGUGCUAGGCUGCUCCACAGUGGCAGAGACAAAACUGGGGUUUCCCGCAUCAUAGUGCAGCCCUCCACAAAGCGCAUCCAUCAUGAUGCAAUGUAUGAGGAUGUUGGGUGUGAAAUCUCUGAGGAUUUAUCCCAAUGCGGCCUCAUCCUCGGCAUCAAACAGCCCAAGCUGGAGAUGAUUCUUCCUGAUAGAGCCUAUGCAUUUUUCUCUCAUACUCACAAGGCUCAGAAGGAAAACAUGCCACUCUUGGACAAGAUCCUAGCUGAAAGGGUGUCCCUUUAUGAUUACGAGCUUAUUGUGGGGGAUCACGGGAAAAGACUACUUGCAUUUGGAAAGUAUGCUGGUAGAGCUGGAUUUAUCGACUUCCUUCGCGGGUUAGGACAGAGGUACUUAAGUCUUGGAUAUUCAACACCGUUCCUCUCGUUGGGUGCAUCUUAUAUGUAUACGUCCUUGGCUGCUGCUAAGGCUGCAGUGAUUUCCGUGGGUGAAGAGAUAGCAACUCUGGGACUACCAUCAGGAAUCUGCCCUCUGGUCUUUGUCUUCACCGGUUCAGGAAACGUUUCUUCUGGCGCGCAAGAGAUAUUUAAGCUUCUUCCUCAUACUUUUGUGGAUCCUAGCAGACUUCCAGAGCUAUCUGGGACGGCCAAGGAUGCUGCUCAACCUACAAGAUCAUCGAAAAGGGUCUUCCACGUAUAUGGUUGUGUUGUGACUAGUAAAGACAUGGUUCAACACAAAGAUUCCACAAGAGCAUUUGACAAAGCUGACUAUUAUGCACAUCCAGAACACUACAACCCUGUUUUCCAUGAAAGAAUAGCCCCUUAUGCAUCUGUAAUUGUGAAUUGCAUGUAUUGGGAGAAAAGAUUUCCUCGCUUAUUGAGUACCAAGCAGUUUCAAGAUUUAAUGAGGAAAGGAUGUAAGCUUAUUGGAAUCUCUGAUAUAACUUGUGAUAUAGGGGGAUCUAUAGAAUUUGUCAACCAAACCACGUCCAUUGACUCACCCUUCUUCAGAUAUGAUCCUGUGAAUGAUUCUUACCAUCACGACAUGGAUGGGGCUGGCUUGAUAUGUCAAGCUGUGGAUAUCCUUCCAACAGAAUUUGCAAAAGAGGCUUCCCAACAUUUUGGAGACAUAUUGUCCCAAUUUGUUGGUAAUUUGGCUUCUACAAGAGACAUCACAAAGAUACCUGCACACUUGACGAGAGCUUGCAUAACCCAUGGAGGAGUACUAACCAGGUUCUCAGUGACUCAGACUUGAGAGGGAUAAAAUUUUAGGCCAAGGAUGCUGCUCAACCUACAAGAUCAUCGAAAAGGGUCUUCCAUGUAUAUGGUUGUGUUGUGACUAGUAAAGACAUGGUUCAACACAAAGAUUCCACAAGAGCAUUUGACAAAGCUGACUAUUAUGCACAUCCAGAACACUACAACCCUGUUUUCCAUGAAAGAAUAGCCCCUUAUGCAUCUGUAAUUGUGAAUUGCAUGUAU